AACUGAAAAGAAAAAAUAAAUAAAAGAGUGAAGAAAGGCCAAAAAUGACACACAGUAAGUACACACACUCCAACCCAGUGAAAAAAACCAACUACCCACAAAACACCAUAAAUCCACACACAAGCACAGACAAAGAAAGAAACAAAAAUUGGAGCAAUGGCUGCCCAAGAACAACAAGAAGAAGAUAUCCAUGAAACCCAACACCAACAAAUCCUCCCUUUCGAAGACCACUUCGCCGAGCUCCUCUCCACAUAUCUGGGCCUCAGCUUCACAAUCUUUCUGGGAUUAUUACCCAAGAACUCAAUCCCAUUAAUCUCCACAUACCAAACCCAGAACAAACUUCUCUCCUUUAAGCUCAUGCAAGCGGAGGAGCAGCUGAAGCAGCUCCACUCGAGAAGAAAAGAGGAUUCCAAGGCAAACGCCCGAGUUGUCGAGAUUUUCGCUAGCCACCGGCACGCUUGGCAGCAGGAGGAGAAGAGACUGCUGCAGCAGAUCGACGAGUGCAACGAGGAAAUCGCCUUCUUGAAGAGCAAAGUUGAGGACUUUGAAGGAGUGGAGGCUGAGUUCAAGGCCAGUAUUGAGGAUUUGAAGAGAGAGGUUAGUGAGAGAGAGGAGAUGCUGAGCUUCAUGAGCAGGAGUAAUUGUGAGAGCGGUGGGGAGUGCUAUGGUGACAUGGGCUUGAGCUAUGCUGGCAAAGCUGGGGUCUCGGAGAGGGUGGAGGAGGACUGCUUUAAUGGUGGUGGGGUGGAUGAGAUGGCCUCUGUUUAUGCCCAGACUCACACUCACACUGGCUUUACCUCAGAUUUCUUGAAUUCCGCUGCCUCCAAAUAUUGGUCUGACAAAGCUACCCUCUGGCAGGAUAUGCAGCAGUACGAACCAGUCGAGUCAGUUUACCAUGUGAAGCAUUUCGUUUCUAGAAGGGAGUCCCCUUGGAAGGUAGACGGUGAUUCUAGUGGUGUUUCGCCUAAAUUAAAGCUGCUCGAGCAAGAACUGCUGAAUUUAGAAAGAGUUUGUAGGGCAGAUCUGUCGAAGGUGCCAUCACAGAUGCGAAAGCAGGCCAAGAGGUACCAAUCAUUAGCAGGGAAGAUCGAUGAUCUUUGCAGGAGAAUGCAAACUAGUGAUCCAUGUGAAACCACUGUGAGCUCUGAGUUUCGCAUCCAAAGGCAAACUGAGUUCUUGCUAGAAGCGUUUCGUCUGCAGCAACGAGCCUCUGAAACCAGCCAGAAACUCACAGCAUUACAAACUGAGAGAGGAAAGAGCUACCAUGGAGGAGGAGGGGAGGUCGAAGGCCCUGCUAACCUAGCCACAAGGCGAUCACUCGACUCCAUCAGAAACAACUUCAAAGAGAUCCAAAGGAAUCUUGAGAUAUGGCUAGCAAGAAUCAUAGGAGACCUUGAAGGACUGCUGUCUAGAGACGGCGCCUCUCGUGCAAGAGAAUACUACGUCUCUAGGUACCCUUUUGUUCAUCAGUAAGUAAAUAACAAUGCUACUAUUUUGAUUUGAGUUUGUAGCAGUGGUGAAUGGUGAUGAAGAAAAUGUACAGUUUCCCUGUGUUACUCUUUCCUUGUUCUUGCUUACGACGUCGUUCCUGAUUAGCGUGGCGCCCCGACUCCACCCAGGGAUGGGUUUUUGUAUUUUGAACUGUAAAUUUAUUCAAUUUCACCAGUUCUAAUGGGGGUUGAAGAUUAAAACUUUACAAAAUCA